AUCGACACUGAAUUAUUCAGGAAAGCAAAUUCUGAAGUUGCAAAAAACUAAAAAAUAAAAAACUAUGGGUGCAGUUGUAACCAUGGUAAUCUGUCUUUCAAGCUCUCUAUGUCUGUAUCUUCUCUUCGCUUUCAUCAAGGUUCUUCACAAACUGUGUUGGACUCCAUAUCGCAUCAAGUAUCAAAUGCUUUCGCAGGGAAUCAGAGGCCCUUCCUACAGAUUCAUCAAUGGAAGCUCCAAUGAAAUUUCCAGCAUGAAAAAGGAGGCCAUGAGCAGGCCCAUGAGUUUAUCCCAUGAUAUAUUUUCCAAAGUUCAUCCUCAUAUUCACUCAUGGAUCAAUAAAUAUGGGAAGAAUUAUCUUCAAUGGCAUGGCUCUAAAGCUGAAUUGGUAAUAACAGAACCAGAGCUUAUAAAAGAGAUACUGAACAAUAAAGACAGAGCUUAUCGAAAGGAAGAGGUCGAAGACUAUCUGAAGAAGCUCUUAGGAGAUGGACUGGUGACAACCGAAGGUGAAAAGUGGGCAAAGACUCGAAAACUGGCCGAUUAUGCUUUCCAUGCAGAUAGGCUGAGAAUCAUGGUUCCAGCAAUUAUCAGUAGUGUGGAGGUGAUGCUAGAAAGGUGGAAACUUCAUGAAGGCAAAGAGAUUGAAGUUUAUGAAGAAUUCAAUCUAUUGACAUCGGAAAUGAUUUCCAGGACAGCUUUUGGUAGCAGCUACUUAGACGGGAAGCAAAUUUUUCAGAUGUUGAUGAAAAUGGAAAUGUUAGCAUUCAGAAAUGCUGAUAAAAUAAGGUUUCCUGGCAUGAGUAAAAUUUAUAGAACGGUGGAUGAAAUUGAGUCAGAAAAGCUCGGAAAUGGAUUACGUUACUGUAUAUUAGAGAUCAUUAAGAAAAGAGAAGAGAAGGUUAGGGCCGGGGAGGUGGCCAACUUUGGAGGUGAUUUUCUUGGAGUUCUUAUAAAGGCUCAUCAUGAUGACAAUGCAAACCGAAGAAUUUCCAUAGAAGAUCUGGUAGAUGAGUGCAAAACAUUUUACAUUGUUGGACAAGAAACCACCAACGGUUUGCUUGCUUGGACUGUCUUUCUUCUGGCAAUCCACACGGAAUGGCAAGAGGAAGCAAGAAAGGAGGUGCUCAAAAUAUUUGGCCACCAAAAUCCAAACCCAGAUGGCAUCACAAAACUCAAGACCAUGAACAUGAUCAUCAAUGAGUCUCUACGGUUAUAUCCUCCGGUACUUCGAAUAAUAAGGAGAGUUGACAGGAAAGUUAGACUGGGAUUAAAUCUCACACUUCCAGCUAAUCUGGACUUGUGCAUCCCAAAUCUAGCCGUUCACCAUAACCCUCAAAUGUGGGGAGAAGACGUGCAUCUUUUCAAACCAGAGAGGUUCUCAGAUGGGGUUGCCAAAGCUACAAACAACAACGCAGCCGCUUAUAUUCCCUUUGGCAUGGGACCUCGGAACUGUGUUGGCUUGAACUUUGCCACCACCCAAACAAAGAUUGCUCUUUCAAUGAUUCUCCAAAGCUACGCCUUCACUCUUUCGCCAACAUAUGUCCACUCACCUGUUCAUAGUCUCACCCUUCGCCCACAACAGCUGCACUCCUCGUGAACACCAGAUCAUCAAAUGGCAUGAAGCCAUGUGGCCGGGAUGUCGUCGUGUAUUGGUCAUAUUAUUUACAUGCUUUUGUGUGUUCUGUUCCUUCAAUCUAAAGUACGUGUUUAUACAGCUAGUCAUACACCCGAGGUCAUGUGCAAGCUGACAUUAAUUAAAUAUUUAAUUCUAUUCUAUAUCA